AUGCUUUUCGUGCCCUCGCUCCCUCGUUCCAAGAGGGGCGGGGCCCUGGCCAUGCUAUCAUGGUCCGCCUCCUUGGUACUAGGCCCAACGCUCGCUGCGGCUGCUUCAGCCGCCGAUUACUAUGUUCAUGAUUUACCAGGAGCUCCGGAAGGACCUCUCUUGAAGAUGCACGCUGGACACAUCGAGGUCGACCCCGAGACGAACGGCAACCUUUUCUUCUGGCAUUACGAGAACAGGCAUAUCGCGAAUCGCCAGCGCACUGUCAUCUGGUUGAAUGGUGGACCCGGAUGUAGUUCUAUGGACGGUGCCUUGAUGGAAGUUGGCCCGUAUCGACUCAAGGAUGACCACACUUUGGAAUAUAACAAAGGAUCGUGGGAUGAAUUCGCCAACUUGCUCUUUGUUGAUCAACCUGUCGGCACUGGCUUCAGCUAUGCGAACACAAAUAGCUAUCUGCAUGAACUGGAUGCCAUGUCAGCACAUUUUAUGAUUUUCUUGGAGCGCUUCUUUGAACUGUUUCCCGAAUAUGAGAGAGAUGACAUAUAUAUCGCUGGUGAAUCUUACGCGGGUCAACAUAUUCCCUACAUCGCCAAGGCUAUCAAGGAGCGCAACAAGGAUGCCGAAACAGAUGGACGACAGAAAUGGCCGCUGAAGGGUCUUCUCAUCGGAAAUGGCUGGAUUUCACCGGAGCAAUACCCCUCAUAUUUCGAGUUUGCUGAACGUGAGGGCAUCAUUGAAAAGGGAUCGGCUGUAUACGAGAAAGUUGAGGCUCAGAACAAGAUCUGCCUGUCCAAGUUGGAGACCCCUGGUGCCAAGAACCAGGUCAAUAUUCGAGAGUGCGAGGAUGUUCUGCAAGGCAUGCUCCAAUAUGCCCAGUUCGACGGCCAGUGUGUCAAUGUAUACGACAUCCGGCUGCGGGACUCCUGGCCUUCAUGUGGCAUGAACUGGCCCCCAGAUCUGACUUUCAUGGAACCAUACCUCCGGCGUGAUGAUGUGGUCAAGGCGCUGAAUAUUAACCCCGCAAAGAUGACUGGUUGGCAGGAAUGCUCGGGUGGUGUGAGCAAGGCAUUCUCAGCUAAGAACUCCCAAGCUGCUGGCACGUUGAUUCCUGGUCUGAUUGAAUCUGGAGUCGAGGUUCUUCUGUUCAGUGGUGACAAGGACCUCAUCUGCAACCAUAUUGGAACGGAGACAUACAUUCAUAGCCUGAAGUGGAAGGGCGCUACGGGUUUCGAGACUGCACCAGGUGUCUGGGCUCCUCGUCAUGACUGGACUUUCGAAGGUGAACCGGCUGGUAUUUACCAACAUGCCCGUAACUUGACCUACGUCUUGUUCUACAAUGCUAGCCAUAUGGUUCCCUUUGAUGCCCCUCGCCAGACCCGUGAUAUGCUUGACCGCUUCAUGAAUGUCGACAUCGCUAGCAUCGGUGGACGUCCUGCCGACUCGCGUAUCGAUGGCGAGAAACUGCCCCAAACUUCUGUUGGUGGUCACCCCAACAGCACCCUCGCUGAGCAGGAAGAAUUGCAGAAGAUCAAGGCAACUGAGAUGCACGCCUACACCAAGUCCGGCGAGGCCAUCCUCGUGGUUGUUAUUAUUGGUGUCAGUAUCUGGGGAUUCUUUAUCUGGCGCAGUCGCCGGGGCCACAAGGGGUACCUCGGUGUUAACGAGCGGGAUAUGGAUAUGCGUGCUGGGUCUGUCCUGGAUCGCUUCCAUAACAAGCAUUCGCGUGGCGAUAUCGAAGCUGGUGACUUUGACGAGUCAGAGCUAGAUGAGCUGCAUUCGCCUGGUCUUGAGCGAGACCAAUAUGCUGUUGGUGAUGUUAGCGAUGAGGAGGACCAUCGUGCGGACUCUCAGCCCAUCGCAAAUGGCCAUGAUGCUCGCAACCCGUUAUGA